AUGGAACAUGUUAUAAGCAGAAGAUACACCAGGAAGUGUAGAAGCAACGAAUAACUUAUGCAUUAUACUUGAGAAAAUGAGUGAGAAUUUUGUGCUUCAAAGCAUACCCACCAGAAACCACCCCUUGAAGUUUAAUACAGAUCUUUAUCAUUGCACUGGUCCCCUAGCUAAAGCAAUGCAUCCUAAUACCAAUCAUGGGUUUGUCGAUACACAAACACAGAACUCGCUCAUUCCAGAUUGCAACGAUGAAAAUAAGGAUAGAAAUGAGUCUCAGAGCCACAAUGACUUUUGUGAUAACAGACAUUGGGAUAGAUUUCAACUGAAGGAGGAUAAUGAAGAAAAAACGGAUGUUCACAAUUAUUGCAGCUUUAAGUUAAUUAGACUUAUUAUGUACGUGUUUUUGUUUGUCGCGUUUCUUGCGAGUAUGGUGGCUCAAAAAUUAAGCCUUGCUGUUGCAUCGUCAAAAAUACCAAGAGAAAAUCAUAAGGAUGGAAAGAGACCAACGAAGUCUUCAGAGCUAUUCAAUACACCAGAAACGGAGGGCCAUAGCAUGUUACUUUUGACUGCAAUGUGUAUUCCGUACAUUUUCAAUUUUCUAUCCAGCUGUUGGAAAGUUCAUUUUGGAAAUGAAAAACCGCCAUCUAUUAUCACUGUUGUUUUAUGUGUUGUACUUGCUGUUUGUCAGUCUAUUGGGCUUUGCCUCCUCGUGUUUCAUUUGCUACCGAAUGUAGGACCAAUUCAAGGACUUUUGGUGUUGAGUGCUACAGGGGUUGUCCCAAGUCUCCUAAAAUCGACAACCACUGUUAGAAAAAGCUAUUCACUUCUCCAAAAAGUCACCAUAUUUUCGUUAGAUAUUCUGGCCCUUCUUUUGCAGUUGUCAAUCGCAGUAUUGAUAUUCGUACCAGAUGUUCAGUUCUUUUGUCGAAUAUCCCCACUGUAUGGGAGCAAAGAUCAUACCCCUACCGGUGACAUUUUCACAGAUUGCAUAAAUGGUUUAGGAUCACGUUUCCUGACAUUAUUCGCUAUAUUUUUAACAUCACUCGCAUGGCUGGAAAACUUUCUUGAAAUUUUGGAGGAGAAGAAAGACCGUGAAAUUAGUAAAGGAUUCAAUUCACGCUUUCAAUCUGAUCUGAAGAAAAAUCGAGCUUUCAUUAAUAUCUUCGUGUCUUUGUCAAAAAUUUUAACUUCCUUUCUUAUUACGAGUUUAGUAGCAAAAUUACAUAUCUUUGAACCAGAAAUUUGGGAGGAAUUAACAAAGCAGAGUCAUCAAGACGUUUUAGAUAUAAUACUUUUAGUCAUAUCGAGUAUAGUCUGUUACUUUCUAGCAUGUCUUGCUUGUAAACUACAAAUGCAAGUAUUUUCGUUUGCUAUUCCAUGUCUGCUCUCUACACCAGCAGCAACAGCGCUAAUAACUUUUAUAUGUCAAAACAAUGAGGAUUUUUUGUUUGAUCAUUUUAAUUUUGACUGUGGUUCUAAUUGUGACGCGAACUAUUUGAGAUCUAACUACUACCUUGUCCUGGCUUCACUAUGGCUCUUGUCAUUGUAUUGGACUGCCGGACACAUAUGGUUCCCGAAACAAGAGAGGAUAGCACAAAUCGAAAGAUUAUUUGUUAAUCCUUUGUACUGUGGAAUACUGUUAGAACAGGACUUGGUUUUGAACAGAAGACGUGAUGAAGACAAAACUCAAGAACAAGAUGAUAUAGACAAGCUUGAAAAAAAUGACACCUCUAAAAAUGUUCCACCUAUGAUUUAUGCUUGUGCAACAAUGUGGCACGAAACACGUUUUGAAAUGGAACAACUGCUGAAGUCCCUAUUCCGGAUGAAUAAGGAUCAGUCUGACCGUAAAAAGGAAUAUGCAUUCGAAGUUCAUAUACUUUUUGAUGACGCAUUUAGUGACGGGAUUUUGAAUGAAUACGUCUUAACAUUUAAAACAGCCAUAGACAGAGUGAUAGGCUCUAUGCAGCUUGAUAUGGAUACACCAUUGGAAUACACUCCCUGUUAUGGUAGUCAGAUUAAGUACAAAAUGCCCGGAGGAAAUUCAAUGUACAUUCAUUUGAAAGAUAAAAGCAAAAUUCGACAUAAAAAGAGAUGGUCUCAGGUCAUGUAUAUGUAUUACUUGCUGGGACACAGAAAGGCUGAAAAUGCUUUCAUUCUUGCACUGGACGGUGAUGUUGAUUUCACACCUGGUGCAGUCAGAAUUCUCAUAGAUAGAAUGAAGAAAGACGAAAACGUAGGGGCAGCUUGUGGUCGAAUUCAUCCUAUUGGAAACGGACCAAUUGUGUGGUAUCAAAAAUUUGAAUAUGCAAUUGCACACUGGUUACAAAAAGCUACUGAACACGUCCUGGGAUGUGUGUUGUGUUCCCCUGGAUGUUUCAGUCUUUUUCGUGGAUCUGCUUUAAUGGAUGACAAUGUGAUGAAAAAAUACCUAGAAAUUCCUACAGAUGCAUCUGAAGUUCUUAUGUACGACCUGGGUGAGGACCGCUGGUUAUGCACACUUCUGUUACAGCAAGGACACAGGGUGGACUAUGCUGCAGGGGCUGAUGCAUACACGUACGCUCCUGAAGGAUUCGACGAGUUCUUCAACCAAAGAAAGCGUUGGGGACCGUCAACGCUUGCGAAUAUUAUGGCACUUCUACAAAACGGGAAUAAAGUUGUAAAAAAGAAUACCAAUAUAAGCUGGCUGUAUAUGGUAUAUUUAGGUUCGUUAAUGGUUUCAACUAUCAUAGGACCAGCAACUAUUCUUAUGUUGAUUGCGGGAGCCUUCGUAACGGUAUUUGAUUUAAGCAUUGUGAAUGCCUAUAUUGCCUCCGUUAUUCCGGGAGUUCUGUUCUUUGUCAUAUGCCUUGUGUGUUCAACAAAGGUGCAGCUAAUCGUAGCCCAAGUUCUCAGUGGAUUUUAUGUCAUAAUCAUGAUGGUGGUAAUGGUUGGACUUCUCAUCACUGCACUCCUUCAGUCACCCUAUCACCCGAGUGUAAUAUUUCUAUUAGGACUAGUCAUUAUAUUUGUUGUUGCAGCAGCGUUACAUCCUAGAGAAUGGGUCAAUAUCUUAUACGGAUUUCUUUAUUUUGUAUCCAUUCCAAGUGGAUUUUUAGUACAGGUUAUAUACUCACUUUGUAAUUUGAAUGACGUUUCUUGGGGAACAAGGGAAAGUUCUACACCAAAUAAAGAUACAAACAAAGAAAAAACAGCUUUGUUAAAUAUAUGCUGGCCAUUUUCGAACCUGGUUAACACCAGCCCAAAACGAGGAAGUCACGAGAUGGAAAUUUUAAAACUUAUUCGAGACAUUACUAGCAAACCGGGUCACAAAAGUCAAAGUGAAGAAGUUGUACCAAAAAGUGUAUUGUCAUCUGAAUCUGAUGAACAAUGCAAGGAUAAGAAAGCAAUUCCCGAAAAAGAUGAUAUCUCAGAACGUAAGGCCCAAACAUCUACACGUUGGAUAGAACAGGAUCCAUUUCGGGGAAAAAGGCUUGAAAUGAACGAAAAAGAAAGCAAGUUUUGGGAGGAUCUCGUCAAAAAAUAUUUAGAUCCACACGAUAAAGAAAUGAAAAAGGAUUUGACAGAGGAGCUAAAGAAACUCCGUAACAAUGUAUGCAGUGGAAUGGCCCUCGUGAAUAUCUUGUGGAUAACCGUGAAUUUCAUGUUCCAGUUCAGAAGUCCAACUGUAGUAACUUUUAAACUUCCGAUCAGAGCUAAUGAAGACGAGCAUGGAAUUUACGAGAUGAAAAUUGAAAUGUUGGGGCUGUUGUUCAUCAUAUUUUUUAUGGUUCUCCUUUUAAUCCAAUUUUGUGGAAUGAUAGCCCACAGACUGGGUACCUUUAUACAUCUGGUGGCUAUAACAGAACUUCCGAAUCCUUUUAAAAGAAAUUCAAAUGACAAAACUAAGAAUAAACAGGAUGACCAACCACCGGACAAUGGAACACAAAUGGAAGAAAAUUCUUUGCCUUCUCGUCAACAUGAAGGAACUAGCAAUCUUAAGCAGAGACGUAAGCGUAGGCACUCAAAAUGAAUCUUUUAUUUUAGGAGUCAUAAAAAUGUUGUUUUGGGGAGGUAUGUUUGUAUUUCAAUCCUGAAAUUUAUCAUAUUUAUUAUUGUUAGAGUGACUUUGACUGUUAUAAAAAUAUACAUGUAUAUCAUGUUGUAAUGGUGACGAUGUGCUUAAUAAAGUGCCUGCUGAUCAAAAGAAGAAGUAAAUGUUGCAAGUAGACCUAUAAGUGAUAGCAGUGAUAAACAUCAGCAAAGCAAUCAAUCUGUUCAAAGACAAUUUGGUAAAUAUAUCGGCUAUGAUGAAAAAUGACAAUAACUGUCCACCAUCUCAAAAAUCCAUAAAGCCAAUACAAAUUGAAAGAACAACACGAACGUCUAAACCGAUAGAGUUGUGAUCAGGUGCUAAGGAGGAGAAAUUAUCUACUGUCGACCAGUGGCACCCGCCAUGUGCUCACUGUCAAGAUCAUUGUCCUGACAAGUUCAUUUUUUUUUUCAAUCAUUGGUUUUACACUAUAUGAUUUGAACUUUAAGUGGAAUACUACAUAGACUUUGAAAAUUAUAUACAUUUUAUGAUUUUUUUCUUCAGAUUAUUGAAUCUGCAGUAUAUGAUUUUAAUUGUUAGUGUUAAUCAUUUGUUCAUGUACAUGAAGUUGUUUCGAGGCAAGCAACAUAUAAUACUGACCUUCAUUUAAUGUGUAAACGUCAUGAAUCAUAAAAAUAAUUCGUAUUUGUAGUUAAUGCGUUUGGGGUUUUUUGGGAUAGAAUAGAAAUGCAUACGCAUUUAUGGUGGGCUGUAAUUUCACGUUAUUUAUUAUCGGGCAUUAUGUGGAAAAUAACAGUGUGUUUCUCUUUAUCUUUGUAUCUAUCUAUUCGUAUGUCGAACUGUUAUUGUUAUACAUGAAUUCAUUUGUAUUUAAACUAUUCAUUUCUUUAAAUAAGCAAUACGAAUGUAUACAUGUAGUAAUGAAAUACACUAUGGCAAUAACUAACAGUCAACCAUCUCAAAACUUAUAGGCUGUUUGAAGAACUUUCACUGUAACUACAUUGUAACGUUAUGCACGUAUUGCCUAAAAAUGUUAUGCCGUUUAGUUUCUUUUUUACCGUUCUCAAAUACAAAAUGGUCAUUCUUUAGAUGUUUUGAUUUUAUAACAAGAAAAACUGUUGUUUUAAAUGUACACGUAUUGGUACAUUAUUUUCUUUUUGCAAAAUCACUCCAAAAUUUAUAUUCAAAUCUUAUUAGCUACAAAACUGUGGUUAGAUUAAAAUAAAAUUUGACUUAUAUUUUGUAUUGUUGAAAUUGCUCAUAUUCUCGUCAACUUUCAAGAUGACAGCGUUGUAUACGGUUUCAUACGAUUUUAAGCUUGGUCUAUUAGAUAUUCAGUUUAUUUUGUUUUUUAAGAGCAAAAAAAAAAUAUAUCGGUCUGCAAAAUUCUUGUCUUACAUUAAAGCUCACAUGAUUUCAUUAUAGCAUUUGCUCGCCAUAUUAGUUUCGAUCGCUCCUCAACUGUCAGUGGGGUAUAUUUACCGGCCGAUAAAGUUACAUUCGGUUGCUUUCCCAACAAGGCAUUCAGGUUACACGGACCUCUAAAUAACAGAACCACACAAUAUUGUAAUAUACUUGUACAUGUAAAAGUGAAUGGAGAAAACUACAAUAAAUAAGAAAUAAAAGAUGGUUUAUUCUUAGAAAGAAAUCCAAAUGUAUACGAAAUAUCUUACACAUACAGUGCUGUGCUGUCUUACUUCGCAUGCAGAUCGAACACGUGUGUUGUUCAUUCAGAGCCCCUGCCGCACUACAUCCAACACAGAAGAUAAGUAAUUAUAGUAAACCCAAGAAUGUAUAAACAACGUAACAUCUCGUUUAUCAGUUUCUAAAAAGCACUCCGUUUUCUAACGCCCAUGCUGUCACUGCACGAUCUGCUAGAGUGGGUGAUUGGCACAUGUUCGACAGCAUAACAGUACGACACUGGAAAGCGUUGUUCAAUGAUCGAUGAUUUUUUAAAUAUGUGUACCUGGAUUUCAGUCUGUUUUGAUUCGUCUUUUAUUGGACAUUCCUUACCAGUGUAGUGGUUGUCAUAUUAGUGCGUUCAUUCAAAGCUUUCCUUCUAGUGUAACGUGUUCUGGUGAACGAACGAAAUACCUGAAUGCGGUGAAGCAUGAAUAGUGCUCUCGGCCUUAUAUUAGGGAUGUGUAGCAAUGAGCAGAACAAUAGAAAUCAACUAAUAUGGCGGUAGUAGGAGAUAAAAGGGGAAUGAUGCGUAUUUAUGAAUUCAUGCCAGCUUUAAAAAUUUACAAAAAGGCUUGGAUCUCUUUUGAAGUUUGUAAAUUUGUUGAUAGACAUAUCAUUCAUGCUACGAAAAAAAAUAAACUUAAUUUUGCCCUCUUCCUUUUAUUUACCAAAGGUAACUUUAUGGGUUUCAGAUACAUGCUACAAUGUUUAAGAAAAUAGCGGGGUUGACUGAAUUAGUGUACAAUUUAUUACAAAAAUUAGCUUUUUCCAUUAUGCGAUAUUUUUCAUGUUGCAGCUUUAAACGGUAUUAAACUUAA